AUGAGAGGAACAGAGGCAUCGGUGCUGGUCCUCUCGGGCCUCGCAGUGUUGGCGAGUGCCAAAGAGUUGCAGAUCGACGACGUCCCCGUCGAAUGCGCAACAAUAUGCGGACCCAUUGUCGAGUUGACAUUCAAAUGCGACGUCGACAACAGCUUUGACGAGCUCAAGCGACUAAAGAGGAGGAAGGUCGACGCACCGCAACAGAGACCGCCGCCCGAGAGACGACGGCACGCCAGAAAACCAUCACCAGCAAACGCACGCGGCGUCGUACGCCGCCAUCACCACCGCGAUUCCAACCAAGAAGACGCGGUGGAGAUGUCGACGCCCUCCCUGGAUCAGCCUCAAGCCACCAAUGUCGUCGAGGUGCAACAACCUCCUCAAGAUGUGCAGCAGCCUGCCCAAGACGCGCAGCAGCCGGUUGCAGAUGCUACGCCGGUCUUCAUCGCUACGCUACCCUUUGCUGCCCCCUUGCCGGAUCCUCAGCUAAGCACGCCGGAUCCUCAGCUGAGCACAUCGGAUGCCCAGAGCACGCCUACGCCCUCAGCGCCGCCUCCUCCGCCGCAAGCAACGCCGUCGAUAGAUCCCCCACCGCAGUUACCUCCGCCUGCGCCUGUCCUGAUCACUUCAACAGUGUUCCUGACGGUGCCGGUGCCAACGGUACCCACUCCGGCGCCGCCGCCCCCGCCGCCUCCCCCGGUAAAGGCCCCGCCCCCCGUCCAGGCCCCACCUCCGAUUCAAGCUCCGCCCCCAGUCCAGGCCCCUCCCCCUGUGCAGGCGCCGCCGCCGGUGCAGCCGCCUCCGGUAAUCACAGUCCCGCCACCACAGCAACCUCAACCUUCACCGCCACCACAGCAAUCAACUCCGUCGUCCUCCCAGCAGACCACGCCCCCGAUGCUCCAGCCAACACCACCGCAACAGCUCCAACCCCCCCAAGCGUCCAUGAGCAUCCCGGCCGCAAUGCCGGUCAUGGGCGGCGGGCCCGAGAAGCAGCCGGAUAAGAAGCCGGAUGCCAAGUCGCCUAAUGACCGGGAAGAAGCCGAGAAGCAGUGCACUUGCUCAAACAAGAGCUUUGAUGUGCAGUUGCUGGCUGGGCUGUGCCAGAGUUGUAUUCAACAGUCUGGAAACCGGGCAAAUAACCUGGAUUUCAUCAUGAAGGAGUGCAACUUUGUGGCAUCGACGUACACGCGCGAUAAAGAUCGGCUCGUCGACAACAUCCGCGUGGUCGCGGAAAAGCCAUUCUUGACGUCUAGCGGAAACGUCAUGGCUGAUGCGGGGAGGGUCGGGGCUGGAUGCGCUGCUGCGGCUGCGGUGGUUGUCAGUCUUGUGGCUGGGAUGACGCUGCUUUUGUAG